AUGACGUUCUGUAAGACACCGCCGACCAUACAACCAAAUACCGCCAACCAUGACCAAGACACUUCAAGAGCUCCAGGAGCCUUGGUUGAGGGUAACCAAGGCUCUCUCCUCAAACAAUUCCAACAGGAAAACACCCCCUCCCACAAGACACCAUUUACCCAACAAUAUUCUACUAAGGAAGAGCAAAGUAUACAUAACAAGCAUAGCUUAGCUUCCAAACACAUAUACUUGCUUUUACGACUCGCUGUCGUUCCCAUCUAUACAGCUGUCGUUCCCAUCUAUACAGCUGACGUUCCCAUCUAUACAGCUGUCGUUCCCAUCUAUACAGCUGUCGUUCCCAUCUAUACAGCUGUCGUUCCCAUCUAUACAGCUGACGUUCCCAUCUAUACAGCUGUCGUUCCCAUCUAUACAGCUGACGUUCCCAUCUAUACAGCUGUCGUUCCCAUCUAUACAGCUGUCGUUCCCAUCUAUACAGCUGUCGUUCCCAUCUAUACAGCUGACGUUCCCAUCUAUACAGCUGUCGUUCCCAUCUAUACAGCUGUCGUUCCCAUCUAUACAGCUGACGUUCCCAUCUAUACAGCUGACGUUCCCAUCUAUACAGCUGUCGUUCCCAUCUAUACAGCUGACGUUCCCAUCUAUACAGCUGACGUUCCCAUCUAUACAGCUGUCGUUCCCAUCUAUACAGCUGACGUUCCCAUCUAUACAGCUGACGUUCCCAUCUAUACAGCUGACGUUCCCAUCUAUACAGCUGUCGUUCCCAUCUAUACAGCUGACGUUCCCAUCUAUACAGCUGUCGUUCCCAUCUAUACAGCUGUCGUUCCCAUCUAUACAGCUGACGUUCCCAUCUAUACAGCUGUCGUUCCCAUCUAUACAGCUGUCGUUCCCAUCUAUACAGCUGACGUUCCCAUCUAUACAGCUGACGUUCCCAUCUAUACAGCUGUCGUUCCCAUCUAUACAGCUGACGUUCCCAUCUAUACAGCUGUCGUUCCCAUCUACACAGCUGUCGUUCCCAUCUAUACAGCUGUCGUUCCCAUCUAUACAGCUGUCGUUCCCAUCUACACAGCUGACGUUCCCAUCUAUACAGCUGUCGUUCCCAUCUACACAGCUGUCGUUCCCAUCUAUACAGCUGUCGUUCCCAUCUAUACAGCUGUCGUUCCCAUCUAUACAGCUGUCGUUCCCAUCUAUACAGCUGUCGUCCGCCCGUACUACUCCCCCUUUCCACACACAAAAUAA